ACGUCAUUGUGCAAAGUCAGUUGGAUGAUCAAGAGCAAAGAUGGCGGGUGAGGAAGAAACAGAGGAGGAGCGACAAGCAAAAAUGUACAGAAGAAAUACCAAGCGAUUGCGAAGAAAUCUGCUUGAAAGGUUUCUUAUGGCGAUGAAGGAAGAUCUGGCAGAAUGGCUGUCAAGUCUCACAGACAUUGAUAUGAAUGCGAUCAACUUUAUGAAUAAAUUAGACAAUGGUGUCUUGCUUUGUGAGCAUGCGAAUUUAGUCCAAAAACAUGCCGAAGAAUACAUCUCAAAAUUAGAUGUUGAAAAUAAAAUAAAAAUUCCAACAUGCAGGGUUUAUUAUCGGGAAAAGGGUGCUUUCAAAGGUUCUUUCAUUGCAAGAGACAACGUUGCGAACUUUAUAUCAUGGUGUAAAGAUCUUGGAAUUCCAGAUGUUGUCUUGUUUGAAACCGAAGAUCUUGUGUUACACAAAAACGAGAAAACAGUUGUUUUGACUUUACUUGAUGUCGCCAGAAAAGCUGCGAAGUUUGGCGUUAAGCCACCACAGCUCGUUGAACUGGAAGAAGAAAUUGAUAGAGAAAUCGAAGAGGAUAAAAAAGACUCCAUAAAAAACAAAAACAGGGUGGAGAAAGUAUUGGAACUUGAAGAGGAAAACGACCUAGAUCAGUUGGUGCAUGAUGUUGUGGACACGUGUACCUGUUCAUCACAAUUCCCCGUUAAAAAACUUGGUGAUGGCAAAUACAAAUUCGGAAAUAACAAACAGUUGAUUUUCGUAAGGGUUAUGAGGAAUCAUGUAAUGGUAAGAGUUGGUGGAGGAUGGGAUACACUGGAGCAUUACAUUGACAAACACGACCCUUGCCGGCUACAUGUUGCUGGGAAAGUGAACAGGCAAGGCCGAGCUGAGAAAAUUCCUGCAAGGAAAUUAAGUGCCAUGAUGGAGGUCAAUUCUGACGAGGCUAGCGUUUGUAGUUCAGAGAGUUUUGGAAGUGGGGAUGGGAGAAUCUUCUCAAGCAUAAGUCCAGAUUCAGACUUGUCCUCAGAGCUUUCAUUGAGUGCCUGCUCAUCCCAUCGCUCAUCUAUGCAUCAAGACUCUGAUGAUGAAACUUGCACAAUUCAAACCUCAAGGUCAGAACCGCUAUCAACAAGACAUCCAAAAGACGACAAUGAUCUUGCAAUAAGGGAAACAAAAUCAGAAACCUUCACCAAAUUUAGCAACCGUAAGCUUUCAUUAAUGGAUUACAACCUGAAAGAUUCUGAUAUUUACCUGACAAGGAAUCCUGGUGAUAGCUGGCUUAGAAAACAGUUGAAUGAACGCAAGCUAUCCACACACACAAAGGAACAAACAGAAAAGGUACCUGGGGAUCCUGAACCAACAGGCAAAGAGAAUAUGACAGUUGAAAGUAUCAAGAAAAAGUAUGGUCGACCAGUGAAGCAAAGAAGCCAGAAACGAGAUGGAACAUCAACACCAAAGUCCAGGCGAAGAACAGUAACUAAUCCCAACCCGGCUAAACAAGAAGAGCAUGAAAAAAUGCCUAGGCUUCAGCCAAGAAAUCAUCCACAGUAUCGUUCAUGGGAUCAGACUGUUGUUGCAGUGAAGCGCAGGAAAGACACUGUUAAAGGAAUGGGGCAGUCUUCUGAAGCCGAUGGAGCAAAACGAGGAAGCAGUCAAGAUAUAUCCAAACAAGGCAUCACUUCAGGGAUACCUAGGCUGGUUAUGACACCACAAAGACCAUCAUUUUACAAAUCAUAUACCCUUGAUGUAGCUUCCCUGAAUUCUAGAGGGGUACGAAGAAGAGGAUCUGAUGCCUCUAUGAAUCCACAACCAAUGCAAAGAGAAACUUCAACAGACAGCAUUUCAAGACAUAGAAAUUCAAAACUUCCUGUGCCUACAUUUCACAAAACAGUCCAAAAAAUCAACUCUGUCUCUAAAAUGCAAAAUAUUGGUACAGGUGACAAACCUAUGAGAUCAAGAAACCCUGUUUCAAGGUCAUCAUCAACAAAGUCAAAUGGAGGUACACCUGUUAGAAAAAAUGGUCUUACAUGAGCCAAAGAUUCUGCUGAUUGAGAUUUUUCAUAUUUGGUAAAAAGUUGUGUUGUCAUGUGAUAAUGAUCUUCUUGUUUCAAGGGAGUGUAAUUAUUUACUUUAGUCAUUUUUCAGAGUGGUAUUACAAUAUUUCUGUUUUAAAAAAUUCAAGCUCUGUGUCAUUGUUUUAUCUCCAUGAAAGCUUGUUAGAAACUGUAUCUCAGUAUGGUUCAAAGUUAAUGAAAAGUAGUUUUACUCUAAUCUCAAUUAUCAAAAUUUUAUCUAACACUUAUCAAAUGUCUGUAUACUAGUUCCAUCAAGCCCCACAAAAGAAAUUUUUCCUUGAUUGGUCUGUCAGACUCUGUCAUGUGAUCAAACUGUUAUGGGCUCACUAGAAUUUGAUAAAAGGUAUUCUGAAACUAUGGCAACAGAAUACAGAUAUGUUUUUGUGUUUUAGGCUCUAUUCAAUUAAUUAGUGUUUGUGUCAUCUUUUUGCUUGAGCCUUAAUCAAGGUACCAAUUAGAAUAUUAGUGUAUUAUUCUAUUUUAAGUUGUGUUUUAAGUUGAGUUUAAGUAGCUUCAAAAAGUUUAUUUUUAUUUUGAAAAUAUGUAUGUUAAAAUAGUAAAGAGAUUGGAAAAUUUAUUUGUAAUUUGUCGUUUAGUGUCAAUUUAUUGUGUUUAAUAUAGAUUUGAUUUAUUUCAGUUAUUUUUCAUAUUUAAAGUAAAAUUAUUUCAAAGAAUCAGUAAGAAAUCCCAUACUAAUAAUAACAGAAGGUUUAGCCUGAUUCUUUCUAAAAUUUGAGAUAGAUUUAUUAAGUUGCAUUGACAUUCUAUGUAAAAAGUAAGUAAACAAGAGCAAGUAACGGAAUUAAAAACACAUAGUAAAUAACUGAUGAAUAUGUGGCAGAGUUUUUGUAGUUUGACAAAUUAAUGUUUUGCAUAAUAAGGAAAAGAUUUUUGGAUAUAUUCUCAAAGACUACAAGUAAGGUUAUAGACAUAGUUAUGAAGAGACAAAUAAUCACUUAAGGAAUAAGUCAAGGGAUUUGCAUAUCAUAAGGGAUCUGUUAGAGAUCUGAAACAGUAGCAUUGUACAGCCUAUAGCUUUCUAGUAACCAAGGAAGAGAAAAAUCUUGUAUUAGUUAUACAAAUAAGUUAUGUUAGUUGAUAAAUUUGUUUAAAGAGAAUAGUUUUUGCUAUGUUUCCACAACACAUUAUUUUUUAUUAAGUAAAAUAGUUAUAACAAGUAGUAAUUACUUCAUUUUAGAGAGUCCUUAAGUAAAUUUAUUUAUUUUAGAAUAUUCUGAAACAUUGAAUGAUUCUGAGAAGAAACAA